AUGAAAUCGCAGCCUAGCAAAACAUUCAAUGACAAUAUGCUACUAAUUAACUCACCUUCCACGGUAUUCUACGUAGAAAAUGCAAUGUACUUGCAAGAAAGCAGAGACUUUCAGCACGGAACACCACAAAUACAGGAGUGCAAGCCAUCACCAGUCGAGGCAAAUGUUUUGUGCGGUAUUCCUCCGAUCCAUGAUAACUAUCUGCUGUUUGAUGGAUAA